AUGGUAACCAUAAAGGUGCUCAUGAUGUUAAUGGUGGCUGCAAUUUUAUGUUGCAGCCACCAACAAGUGGUCGUGGCUAGAGAAGUGGCCGUGGCCGACGACGGGAACGAGUUACAAAUCUGGCCAUGGGAUAUCCCACGUUAUUUGUCAUGGCCGUUUUCGUGGCCAGGACCAUGGCCGUUUCCGUGGCCGUGGCCAUGGCCAUACCCUCCUCCCACCCAUGCUCCGACUAGCUGCUCAACUAGUGACAAAGAAAAGGUGGAGAUGUGCAUGUUCAACAAUACUUCAAUUGAUACGUGCUGCCCAACAUUCAAGACCAUACUAGGCACUAGUUGCCCUUGCUAUAAGUAUGUUGAGGAUUUGGACAAUGGAGUCUUGAUCACUCUCAAAACUUAUUGUGAUGUCGAUAGCCCUUGCAAGGGUGUGCAAGUGAUUGAGCUAUACAAGGAGGAGAAGGAGUAA